AUGAUCAGCAAUUACUUACAAGAUAAACAAGAACUAGAGAGUCAACGUGAAAAAGAAAGAUUAAAAUACACUUGGAAUCAAGUAAAGAAGGAGUUGAAGGCUGGAGUAGAACCCACAGAAAUAAAACCAAUUGUUCAUAAAAUUAAAACACAGUCAAUACAGUUAACAUUCAGUAAUCUUAAUGUUAUAACAGAUAAAGGGAAGUUUUUAGUAAAAGGAGUAGCAGGUACAGUUAAACCAGGAAAAAUUGUUGGUUUAUUAGGACCAUUAGGUUGUGGUAAAACAACAUUAAUGAAUGCUAUAACAGGAUUAAUUGAUAAAAAUUUAACUGUAAGUGGUAAAAUUUUAUUAAAUAACGAAUUGAUUAAUUCAGACCAUCAAUCAAAUUUAAUUGCUUAUUAUGAACAUAAAAUACCAGAGUAUGAAAAUAUACCAGUAAUUACACAAGUUGAGUAUACAGCAAGUCUAUACAAUAAAAACUCAAGGGAAGCAGCUAGUGGUGUUAUUAAUGAAUUUUAUUUGACAAAAGAGAAAGAAAAAGAAUAUCAGAGUUGUUCAAAAGAUCAACAGAUGAGAAUAUCAAUGGCAACAAAUUUAACUACCAAAGCAUCUAUUUACAUACUUGAUGAACCGUUAACUGGUUUAGAUAGUUUCUUAACACAUAAAGUACUUGAUGCAAUUAAAAAGUUGUCUGUUUUAGAUAAAACAAUUCUUUUAUCAGUUCAUCAACCAUCAGAAAGUAUAUUUAAUCAAUUUGAUGAGUUUAUUUUAAUGACUAAUGGCAGUAUUGUAUUUCAAGGAACAAAAGAUGAAGCAAUUAAGUAUUUUGCAUCAAUAGGAUUUAUUAAUGAACAAAAGUUAAUGUUAUAUUCAGAUUUCUUUUUAAAAAUAAUCACUUUAGAAAAAGAUUUUUCAGAUACUCUGACUAUUGAUGCAAAGAAAAAGUAUAAUUUACUUGUCAUGAGUUGGAGAUUUAAUCUAAAAGAAUUGAAAAUUGAAUACACUGAACCUAUUAAAACUAAAUUUAAAAAUUCUCAAUGA